AUGGCCGCGGCCGGGGGCUGCUGCGGGGCGCUCUACAGCUUCCUCUUCGAGUACGACACGCCGCGCAUCGUGCUCAUCAGGUCCCGCAAAGUGGGGCUGAUGAACCGGCUGGUCCAGCUGGCGAUCCUGGGCUACGUCGUCGGCUGGGUGUUUGUGUGGGAAAAAGGUUAUCAAGAGACAGAUUCGGUCGUGAGUUCGGUAACCACAAAAGUGAAAGGAGUUGCUGUGACCAACACCACGAAGCAGGGCCUCCGGGUUUGGGAUGUGGCGGAUUAUGUCAUUCCGCCUCAGGGAGAAAACUCUGUCUUCAUUAUGACGAACCUGAUCAUCACGUUGAAUCAGACACAAGGACGCUGUGCAGAGCUUCCAGAUAAGACAACCAUGUGCUCUUCUGAUAACAACUGCACGAAAGGACACACCAGCACUCACAGCAACGGCGUUCAAACUGGGAAAUGUGCCGUGUACGAAGGCCUCAAUAAAACCUGUGAGAUUUUUGGGUGGUGUCCUGUGGAGGAUGACUCAGUCAUACCCAAGCCCGCUUUCCUCAAGGACGCUGAAAACUUCACCCUACUUGUCAAGAACAACAUCUGGUAUCCCAAGUUCAGCUUCUCUAAGCGAAACGUUCUUCCCACCAUCAGUAAAACAUACCUCAGCUCUUGCAAGUACCACCCUCAGACAGAUCCCUUUUGCCCGAUUUUCCGCCUCCGCGAUAUGGUAGAUGCCGCCGGGCAGGACUUCCAAGAGAUGGCUGUUGAGGGUGGAGUGAUGGGGCUGCAGAUCAACUGGGACUGUGACCUGGACAAACCUGCUUCUCGCUGUGUGCCCAAGUACAGCUUCCGGCGCAUCGACAACAAGGAUUCUUCCCACACUGUCUCUCCAGGAAACAAUUUCAGGUUUGCAAAAUAUUACCAGACUGCUGAGGGAGAGGAUUCCCGGACGCUCAUUAAGGCCUAUGGCAUUCGCUUUGACAUCAUGGUGUUCGGGAAGGCAGGAAAGUUUGACAUCAUUCCUACAAUGAUUAACAUUGGAUCCGGCCUAGCUCUCUUUGGUGUGGCAACAGUUCUCUGUGACAUCAUUGUCCUAUAUUUUAUGAAGAAAAGAUAUUAUUAUCGAGAGAAGAAAUAUAAAUAUGUGGAAGACUAUGAGUUGGGAAACAACGAACCGUACGGAUCACAGGCAGAGAGCCAUCAGUGCUGCGAUGUCAGAUAA